AUGAUUCAAUAUAAUAUCGCUGCUAUCUCUCCUCGAGCUCCUAAAGCUUCUAUAGAUGAAAUAGACUUACAAAAAGCCUGCCGACUUGGCGAUCUGGAUGCUAUAAAGCGAGCCUUUAAAUUGCACCCAGAUAAACUUAAUGAAAAAGAUGAAGCUUUAGGCUGGACUCCUCUAUACAGGACAGUUAUAUGUGGACAUCUAAAAGGUGCAGAAUAUUUACUCAAGCACAAAGCAGAUCCAAAUAUUAUUAACAACCUAGGAGAAGCUCCUCUUCACCAAGCAGCUGAUAAUUCUCAAUAUGCUCUUGCUGAAAUUCUCUUAAAAUACGGGGCGAAUGCAAAUCUCCAGCAGAAUGAUGGCGAUACUUCUUUGCAUCAUGCUGCAUAUAGAGGUGAUAGCAAGAUGGUUUCAAUAUUGCUAAAUAACAAAGCAGACCCAAACAUCCCUAACCAUAUGUUUGGGAGAACCCCACUCCAUUAUGCGGCUGACUGUGGACACAUGGAAAGUAUAAGCUUGAUGGUAAAAGCAGGAGGGGAUUUGGACUUAAAAGACCUACAUGGCAAAUCUCCAUUUGAACUAGCCAAUAAAGAAGUCCAAGACUAUAUGAAAUUCCUUCAAGAAGAAAUGCUGAGAGAAUCCAGUCACCCAAUAGUUACAGAAAAACCUAUAAAUUUGAAUAGGACUGAAAAUUUUGAGCCAGAGUCAGAAAUUAGUGUCAUUAAGAAAAAGGCAGAAAUAACUCCAUUAUAUAAUUGGCUAGAAAAAAAUGGGCUACUAGAAAUAUAUGAUGUCUUGUGUGAGAAUGGGUUUGAAGACUUAAACAAUAUUAUUGAGCAGAUGCAUAGCUCUAUUCCUAUUAAAAAAGAAGACUUAAGCAGAAUUGGCAUCAAGAAGGCAGGGCUUAUCAAUAAGUUUCUUAUGAAAAUGGAGGAAGAGGCAGGAAUAAUGCCUUAUAGCCCAGCUUCUGCAAAGACAAUAAAGAACUCUUCUGAGACUCAGCCUAAAAUAUCAGUAUCAGAAUGGUUAGAAAGCAUGAAGCUCUCAGAGCUUAAAGACAUUUUUAUAGAAUCAGGUUUUGAUGACUAUAAUACGAUUUUAAGCCUAAUGCAUUCAAGAUACCCAAUCACAGACCAAUUGCUUGUAGAUAUCGGUGUCAUAAAGCUCGGCCACAGAAAUCGUAUCCUUUCCAAACUCCAAGAAGAAACUACCCUCAAGGAAAAGCGAGAAUCCCUUAUAAUGGAAAAAACUACCAAUACAGCUUCCUGCCAAAGAUGCUUAAUAAUGUAA